AUGGCCAUUGCAAAUAAGAUGCGAAUUCAUGGCGAAAGACUGAAAGAUGUUACCAUUAUUGAGAAGAUUCUUUGCUCUAUGAUAGCAAAAUUCAAUUAUAUUAUUUGCUCAAUUGAGAAAUCUAAUGAUAUUGAUGAACUUUCUAUUGAUGAAUUGCAAGGAUCAUUGUUGAUUCAUGAGCAUAAAUUAAAUCGACAAGAUAAAGAGGAGCAAGUUUUGCAAGUCUCAUCCAACAAUCAUUCUUUCUCUUCAAAAGGUAGUGGUCGUGGCAAAGGAAGGGGCAGAGGCAACAACAUUGGCAACGGUAGGCACUCAUACCGUAAAUAUGAAGAUAAUCAUCGCAAAUAUGAAGACAAUCAAUUUUCAUAUUCUCAAGGAAGAGGAAGAGGCCAUGACAACAAUAAUUCAACUCCUUUCAAGUCAAAGUCUGUAGACAAGUCGAAGGUUGAAUGCUAUAGAUGCCAGAGGUUUCGUCAUUAUAAAUCAGAAUGUCAAACUAACUUAAAUAGAGAUGGUGGAAACAACCAUAUGUGUGGCAAUAAGGCAGCUUUCUCCACUCUAGAUGAGUCAUAUCGUGAUUCAGUAAAAUUCGGAGACAACUCUAAAGUCUCGGUUAUAGGGAAAGGACAGGUGAUUAUUCAAGCCAAAAAGGAGUCUAUUCAAAUAAUUUAUAAUGUCCUUUAUAUUCCAGAUUUGAAGACCAAUCUUCCAAGUCUUGGCCAAAUGCAAGAGAAUGGUUAUGCGAUUGUGAUAAAGAAUGGAGAGUGUUACAUUCAAGAUGAUAAAUUGGGAUUAAUUGCCCAAGCUAAGAUGACUGCAAACAGGAUGUUUGCUCUCUAUCUCAAUACUAUUCAACAAUCAUGCUUCUCAAUAAAACAAGGAGAUGAUGCUUGA